UUUGUUAGCAUCGUCGGUACAGCUAUUCAGGAGGAAAUCAGGAGCCUGGAAGCGUCAGGACCUGAUGGAUUUGAAAACGUCAUGGACAAGAUGCAGCAAGAGAUGAAAUGUUGCGGUGGAGUCGGACCAAGUGAUUGGCGAAAACCUCCGGCCAGUUGUUGUCCAGAUGGCAAAGCAUCAUGCAGCGACCCACAUCCAGUGGGCUGUGCUCAGGCUCUCCACGAUGUCCUCGAAAGCUACACCUGGGCUGUUGCCAUCUUUGUGAUCUUACUCUGCCUCAUCGAACUGGGAGCUAUCGUCAGCGCCUUUGGUCUUGCCCGAAAGCAGACCGAAGCUGUUUAA